AUGGGGUUUCCGGUUCUUGUUUCCCUCAGCCGGAUAACCCCCCCUUGGGUGGUUCGAAGAAGAGGAGGUGCGAACGACGGAAUGCGUCAAAGAGGAAGACAACGUCGAGAGGCUGAUGGCGAGGGACAACAGGGAGCUGCACCCGAGGUUGGUCCGCAGCAUCCGUCAUUUCCCGGAGGACCUACUGAUACAUCUUUAUUGGUUAGAUAUCAGAGUCAUGUUGCCUAUCAUUUAUGGUUGGGCGAGGAGAGACGACCAAAGCCAACCUUAAAGGUUGCUGCACAUGGCAGCAAAUUAAUAGGAUGGGUUCCGCCAAUGCUCUCAAGGCAGAUGAAUGAUUGGCUAGUUGCAUCUGGUCUGUCAUCUUUGCAACAUACUAGUUUGGCCAGUGUAGAUACACAUCUGUUAUCUGCUUUUGUUGAGAGAUGGCAUCCUGAAACAUCGUCAUUUCAUAUGCCAUUCGGCGAGAUGACCAUCACGCUAUAUGAUGUUUCAUGUCUUCUUCAUGUACCGAUUAGGGGCGAGCUGGUUGACCCCGAUGUUGUUGUCACCGAUUAUGAUGCUAUCCAUCUAACUGUUGAGUUGUUUGGUGUUUCACUGAGUGAUGCAACUACGGAGGCUUCUACUGUUAGGGGUCAAAUUACUUAG